UGUUGCGAACGCACGCUUUCAAGUAGUUGUAUAAAAGUCAACUGUGAUUUAAACUCGAUUCAUAGUCCGCCUUGACUACGAAAGAUUUGUGUGUCGAGAAAUGUGAUUGAAAGUGAAGUGCAAUAAUUGAAGUGCAAUAAAAAGUGAAUAACUGUUAACUUGAAGUAGAAAUAUAGAAAACAACUUAUAGUGCUAUUAAAGAAGCUAACGUAGGUUUAGAUAGAAUAGUUAAAGAAGAAAUCUACGAAGCCAAAGUGGAGAGAGAAGGAGAUAACCAAAUAGAAAUGGAUGAUCAAGAAGAGGAUUUUAAUCUAGAUGCAGUCCUGGAGACCCUAGGUCCAUACGGGCGGUACAAUCUACUAAACUACGUGCUAGUUCUGUUUCCGGUUCUACUCAGCAGUUUCUUUACCUGUGGAUUUAUUUUUGAAGCCCAGAGCGUUGAUUACAGAUGCGAAGUAGAACAAUGUGAAUCAAACAACGUCACCGACUGGAUCCAAUAUGCGAUCCCCACAAACAGAGAGACGAACAGACUGGAGUCAUGUGUGAGAUACGUCUCAAAUUCCAGCCAGUGCCAACGGGAAGAGUUCACCAAUGUGACGGUGAAAUGCUCCAGAUUUGUGUACGAAAAUAGAGAGUCGAUGGUAAAAGAGUUCGAUCUAGGCUGUCAGGAAUGGAAGCGAGUGCUCGUGGGUACAGUCCACAACUUCGGGAUGUUUGUCACCAUGUUGUUCACUGGGGCCAUCUCCGAUCGCUUCGGGCGACGAGUGGCGGUCGGCAUGGCUGCUACUACCAGCUUCAUCUUUGGCAUUUCAAGAGCAUUCUCCAAAGACUACAUCACUUAUGUGGUACUGCAUUUCGUGGAGGCUGCUCUCGGUGGCGGAUUGUAUCAAUCUGGUUAUGUUUUUGCUGUGGAGCUGGUCAGCUCGAAGCAACGCGUAGCGAUUUCCGCAGCUUGCAGCACGACCUUCGUGACUGGAGUUGUACUGCUAUCUCUACUGGCUUGGGCCGUUGACAACUGGCGGACCUACAUCAUCGUCCUCUACACACCAGCUUUAAUCGUCACCAUAUACGUCUGGUUCAUGAAAGAAAGUGCCCGUUGGCUGAUCAGUAAGGGCAAAACUGCAGACGCAAUUAAGACACUGCGUGGUGCCGCCAAAAUCAAUAAUAUGGAUCACACGAAGCUGGAACUACGGGCUUUAGGCAAUCCACUGGUUAAGAGCGAAGAAAAUGAGGAUAAAGUGGAAAGAUCAGAAUUCUCCAAGGCGAUACGAUCGAGCAUUAUAUGGAAGAGGUUACUAAUGUGUUCAUAUCUAUGGCUGACAUGCUCUUUGGUGUACUACGGGUUUUCAAUCAACGCGGUCUCCUUGAGUAGUAACAAGUAUCUUAGCUUUAUUCUGGUGGCGUUGGUUGAGAUACCGGCAUAUGUGGUGGUGGUGGUAGUGCUGAACAAAUAUGGCCGGAAACGAGUGAUGAUGGUGAACUAUUUUGUGUGUGCUGUCACCAGCUUCCUGUUUGCGUUCCUGCCGAGAUGUGACUACUACUCCAUCCCCCUCUACCUGGUGGGUAAAUGGUGUGUAACGCUGACGUACUCGUCGGUCUACAUCUACGUCUCCGAGGUCUUCCCCACCAGCAUGAGACAGACGCUCAUCAGCUUCUGUUCCACCGCUGGCAAAAUAGGCUCUCUCAUUGCUCCUCUUACUCCACUACUGUCGCUGUAUCACAAGUCAAUGCCGACAGUGCUGUUCGGUAGCUUGUGUUUCGUCGCCAGUUGCCUCACAGUCCUGCUGCCGGAGACGAGGAACACUAGACUUCCUGACACCAUAGAAGAAGCUGAGGAAAUCUCUAGAAACAACGGCAAAAGUUGGUUGUAGUAGAAAGAUAGGUAAUAUUAAGAAAAGUAUAAAGGCACUUUGAAGAUUUAAAAAUGGUAAUUUACAAGUUACAACUACAUUCAGUGUUAGCAGAUUUAUUAGAUGGCCCUACGGCCAGGCCACAACAGUGCGUUGCGGCGUCGCAUCGUUAAAAUCUACGACGUCGCAGAACGCAUCGUGGAAAUUUGCGACGCGACGGCGAGAUUUUUAUGUUGUGACAACGCAUCGCAUUUCUGUACGAUGUUGUUUUUGCGACAGGGCCAGGCCGUUCAAUCUACGGCGUUCUGCGACGUCGUAGAUUUUUACGAUGCGGCGCCGCAACGCAUUGUUGUGACCUGGCCCUAAGCGUAAGAGUUGAUUCAGACCGCAACACGACGCGUAGAU